AUGUCAGACCUUUUCGUUGAUCUCACGGCACCCAAUGGGCGCAAGUAUACCCAGCCAAGAGGUCUCUUCAUCAAUAAUGAAUUCGUACCUUCCAAGUCUGGGGAUAGGAUAACAAGCAUCAAUCCAAGCGAUGAGACUCCAAUCGCCUCCGUCUACGCUGGUUCAGCUCCCGACAUCGACGCCGCCGUCGCCGCCGCCAGAUCCGCUUUCAAGAACCCGUCCUGGCAUAACAUGUCCGCCACUGAUCGAGGCAAUCUAAUGAUGUCCCUCGCCACCCUCGUCGAAAAACACGCCGAAACCCUCGCCACAAUCGAGACCUGGGACAACGGCAAACCCUACAGCGUUUCCUUGGGCGAAGACCUUGCUGAAGUGGCUGGCACACUGCGCUACUACGGCGGAUGGGCGGACAAGAUCCAUGGCGAAGUCAUCAACACCAGCCCCGACAAGCUGGCGUAUACGCUGCGAGAACCAGUCGGCGUAUGCGGGCAGAUCAUCCCGUGGAACUACCCGGUAGCUACACAUCUAGCUCGGCAUGGCGGCCUGGAAACUCGGCCCAGCACUCGCAUGCGGCAAUACAGUGGUCCUCAAGCCCGCCGAGCAAACUCCCCUCAGCAUUCUUUACUUCGCCCAACUAACCAUCGAAGCCGGCUUCCCCCGGGCGUCAUCAACAUCGUCAACGGAACCGGACCCGACGCCGGCACAGCCCUCGCCUCCCACCUAGACGUCGACAAGAUCGCCUUUACAGGCUCCACCGCCACAGGUAAGAAAAUCAUGAAGAUGGCCGCCUCUAACUUGAAGAACAUCACCCUGGAGACGGGGGGCAAGAGCCCGCUUAUCGUGUUUGCGGACGCGGAGAUGGAGCAGGCGGUCAAAUGGGCGCAUGUGGGUAUUAUGAGUAAUCAGGGGCAGAUCUGCACUGCCACUUCGCGAAUCCUGGUCGAGGAAGGGGUGUACGAUAGCUUCAUCGAGAAAUUCACAGAGCAGGUCAAGACAACAAGUAAAGUCGGGGAUCCCUUCGAGGAAGCCACGUUCCAGGGCCCUCAGGUCACGAAGGCGCAGUUUGAGCGAGUGUUGGGCUAUAUUGAAUCAGGGAAGAGUGAAGGGGCGACGUUAGUAGCUGGCGGCGAGGCGCAGAAGGAUGUCAACGGUGGCCACGGGUUUUUCGUUGCGCCAACGGUGUUUGCGAACGUCAAGGACGGGAUGCGGAUUUAUCGCGAAGAGGUGUUUGGGCCGUUUGUGGUGAUUUCGUCGUUCAAGAGCGAGGAAGAGGCUGUGGAGAGGGCAAACGAUACGACGUAUGGCUUGGGUGCGGCGGUGUUCACGGAGAAUCUGACGAAGGCGCAUAGAGUGGCGAGAGCGAUCGAGGCGGGGAUGGUGUGGAUCAACAGUAGCAAUGAUAGCGAUUGGAGGAUUCCUUUUGGAGGAGUCAAGCAGAGUGGGGUUGGGAGAGAGCUGGGAGAAGAAGGAUUGAAGGCGUAUACGGUGUGCAAGGCCGUACAUGUAAACAUGGGUACUCGGCUGUGA